UGUUAUGCUAAUGUGUUACCGAUAACCACAGAAGAAGCCCCGUGUCCUUCACAACAACUGCUAACAUGGCUACUGCUACUAAAAUCAUCCAAAGGCUGCGUAAUUUUUUAUCAGGGCGUGAUCUGCAGGGGAAACUGCAGCUGCGGUAUGAAGAGAUAGCAAAGAGGACACAGCCACCACCUAGAUUGCCAGUAGGCCCGAGUCACAAAUUUGCCAACAACUACUACUACACCAGAGAUGGCCGUAGAGAGUCAUUACCUGCCACUAUUGUGAUGUCAACUCAGAAGGCAAUUACUGCCGGCAGUCAAGUUGCUGAAACUUCAAAGGCUCCAGUGGUGCCGGGAACUGUAUAUAAACCGCCACCACUCUCAACAGAUCAGCCAUACCUCUGAGGAGCAAGACAAAACUCUUCAUCACUUCUACAUCCAGAUGUGCUGCAGAGCUCUGACUUGAGCAAAUGUUGGUUGUAUCUUGUAUAAUAGAAAGUGUUAAUAAAAUGUUAUAUGUUUA